UGGGCCCGCGCGGCUCAAACACUCAGCACACACGGCAGUAUGCACGCGUAUCUCGCGCUCGCACUCGCGCUGGCUGCGCCCGCGCUCGCCACAUCUCGCGACCGUCUCGGCUACGAAAGAGAAAUAGACUCCACUAAAUACAACCAAGUACCAAAACUCCAAGAUUACGUACUCAGCGAGGAAUACCUAUCGGCACAAAAGAAUAGAGGAAAGCUCAUAACCAGACUGAGACCGGACGAGCUGGUAGCAAGUGAUAAUGUCAUUUUAGAAUCCAAUGUUGUAACAAUCUUACAACCUGAAAAGAAACAUAUAGAAAAUGAACAUCAGCUUGUACGGCGGCGGCGAGGAUAUAAUUUAGAGAAUGUCAGGGUACCAGCCCGGUAUCCAUACCUCCCGGUACCACGUUUCGACCGCUUCCGCAGAUGGGGCUAAUAUCCGCGGAGUGACCGAUGCUCCAUGCCGAGCGCUUCCACCAAAUGUCAAGGCUGCGCAGACGCUGCUCACAGUGGGUCCCAGCGCGCCUCGAGCGCAUAUCCCGUGCAUGAUGUGUGUGCGUCGUUUAUGGACUAUUUUUAGUUAUUAUAUAAUUUAUAUGUCGUGGCUGUGUUCGAACACUCAAGUUAUGCCGUCAUUCAUAAGGCUUGAAGGCAACGACUGUCAGAAUGAAUAUACGCACCAAUUAUAGAUAUACAAAAGUGGAUCUAGAUAUAGAAAUUACACCCAUAAUUAUAGACGUUAUUAUAAGAUAAAAGUAGA